AGGACAAUACAACCGGUGUCAAAACUCCCAUGUGCGUCGAGAGGGGUCGGAUGGUGCAAUGGAUGCCAUCAAGCCCAAUGCACCACCUCGCCUAUCUUCGCGGUAUUCACCGUCGUUUAAUUAAUCGCCUUAUCGACCAGGUAAGGUAGGUAUAAAGCCAGAUGCCCAGCUUUCGUUUGCGGAGCCCGUCUGGGCAUGCAGACGGCUUGUUCGCUCGCAAUCCCCGGUCUCGCGCAACCAAGUCUUUGCUAUGGAUACCGCCACCGCUAUCCCCACAGUUGGGGGGUCCGUCGGCGCCGUGGUCGACAAGGGUCGGCCGUCGGCAGACCACGUCCCCGUGCCAGCCUACAUCCCGCCGGACGAGCUGGACGCCGCUGCCCAGGAUGCCAUCGCUCACGGACUCAUUCUGCCCACCGAGGAGGAUAAGAAGACGCUCCGCCGCGUCGCCGGCGAGCUGCCGGCCUCGUGCUACUACCUCUGUGCCGUCGAGUUCGCCGAGCGCGCGUCGUACUUUGGCUGCUUCCAGGUCUACAAGAACUUCAUCCGCGCGCCCCUGCCCCCGGGCGGGCCCGGCACCGGCGCGAGCGGCAAGGGCUCGCAGUACACGGCCGGCGCCCUGGGCAAGGGUUCCGUCGUGGCCACAGCCAUGACGGAGGCGUUCAGCUUCCUGUCGUACGCCCUUCCCAUCUUCUUCGGCUGGCUCGCCGAUACCAGGUAUGGUCGCUUCAAGAUGAUUUGCUGGGGUGUUGCCGUCUGCGGCCUCGCCCAUAUCAUCAUGAUCAUCUCGGCCCUGCCGCCCGUGCUCCAGUCCGGGCAUGCCAUUGGCCCCUUCGCCCUGUCGCUGUACAUGCUGUCCCUCGGCGCGGCCCAGUUCAAGCCGAACAUCGCCCCGACCAUCAUGGACCAGAGCCCCCACAAGGUUUCUCACGUCAUCACGAGGAAGAACGGCGAGAGGGUCAUUGUGGAUCCCGAGGCGUCCAUCAACAGCGUCAUGCUGUGGUUCUACCUGUUGAUCAACAUCGGCGCCAUGUUCGGCAUCCCCACCACUUACCUCGCCAAGCUCGUCGGCUACUGGGCCGCCUACCUGAUCCCAACCAUCCUGUACCUGAUCCUGCCGCCGCUGCUGUGGUAUCUGAACCCACGCCUGAUCAAGCAGCCACCGGGCGGCUCCGAUCUCAGCAACGUCUUCAAGGUGCUCGGUGACUGCUUCCGCCACGGUGGUCUGAAGAGCAUCGGCCGCAAGGGCUUCUGGGAGCCGGGCAAGCCGAGCGUGCGCGCCGCCGCCGGGAGCACAAAGGUGUACGGGUAUGAUGACAGGUUCGUCGACGACGUGCGCCGCACGUUCCAGGCCUGCGGCAUCUUCCUGUUCCAGCCCAUCUUCCAGAUCAACGACGGCGGGCUCGGCGCCGCUGCCAACGCCCUCACCGCUGGUAUGCAGACUGAUGGCCUUCCUAACGAUCUUUUGGACAAUUUGAACGCUGUUAGCAUCGUUCUCUUUGUCCCCAUCAUGAACAACGGCAUAUACCCUCUCCUCCGCAGGUGGGGGAUAAAGUGGGGAGCCAUCUCCCGGAUGACCUUCGGCUUCGCGCUCUGCACCAUCGGCUCAGUCGGGUUCCCGGUGCUGCAGUACUACGUGUACAAGACGUCCCCGUGCGGCUACAACGCCACCACGUGCGCUGACAUCCUGCCCGAGGGCGAAGACUCGCUGUCGUCGGUGUCGUACGCGCUCUACUCGAUCCCCAUCGUCCCGACGGCGCUGUCCGAGAUCUUCAUCAACGUCACGGCCUACGGCAUCGCCUACGCCCGCUCCCCCAAGAACAUGAAGGGCCUCGUCAACUCGCUCAACCUGUUCAUGACCGCCAUCACCGCCAUCAUCGGCCUCGCCACCGCACCGGCCAUCCGGGACCCGUACCUCGUGUGGGCGUUUGCGGGGCCCACCAUCGUCGGCGCCGCGCUCACCGUCGUGUUUUGGUUUACGUUCCGGCACUUGGAUGAGGAGGAGUUUGUCAUCAACACGUCGUUUGGCGACUUCAAGGACUCGGACAGCGAGGGGGAGAGGCACGAUCAGGAGGCUGCGGUGGUGGAUGAUGAGAAGAGGGUUUUGGCCGUGAAGGGGGAUUUGGCUGAGAAGGCCUAG